GCAGUCUUCAGCUCAGUCAUUGCAAAUGGUAUCACUAGGAGGAGGAAGAAGAGAUCCCUCUGCGUGGAGAGGGAAGGAGGCAGGAAGCAAGGAUGUGGCGCUUCACUCCCCAAGAGGCGUUUGCAUGGAAAGACAACUUCACCAUAUCCUGCUGCCUGGAGCCCACUGUCAGCAUCCACUGAGCCUUUCAUCUGUCCAGAUGGGUUGAUUUAAGGAAGGAAAGCUGGAUUUCAGACCUGACUCAGACACCAUGGAGCUCCUUGCAACACAAGGGAGUUACACAGCAAAUACAUCAGGAUGUUUCUAACCACACACUAAAAAGUUGCCUUGAGACACAGCAGUGAAAAAAAGGGAAUUGGAAACAUAUGGGAGUAAAACUAUGUCUAUAUAAAGUGCAAGAUUGUAACAGCAGCCCCGCGGUGCCUGUGAAGUUGCCGCUGUCUGUGCAGGGUCCAUAGCUGUGUGGUUUUAGUUGAGUAGGAGCGACUCAGGCGCUAGGGAAGUUACUACUCCAGCAUGAGCACAUCCAGAAGUCUUCCUAAACCCUUUCCUGCACAGAGGCAGAAAAAGGACAGUGUGAUUAAAAAAAAACUGGCAUGGACCGAGUGGCUGCUGUGGCUGUAUUUGCUUCGGCAUCCGUCGGUGCUCCAGACGUGUGCGUUGAGCAGAGCGCUCUCCCUUCAGAAAGCGCGAGGCCGCAUUGCCGGCUAGCCAGGAGCUGGGAUAGCUGUAACUUGGAGCGAUGGGUCCUUGUAUUGCAUUGCCCUAAACAAUGGUUCAGCUUUCAAAACUUAGAUCAGUCAUACUGCGUUCGGCUGCAACAGGACAUGUAUUUUCUUACAAGCAAUAGCCGACUGAAUGAGCAAGUGGUGGAUAAAAUUAUUCUUCAGCUCAACAGAGUCUACCCCCAAAUUCUCACCAAUGCAGAAGCGGAAAAGUUCAGGAACCCGAAGGCGUCGCUCCACACCCGGCUCUCAGGUUUGCUAAAGCACCUUCAGAAGAAAGGGGAGAGACACUGCCAGGAGUUUUACAGGGCUCUGCAGAUCAAUGCCGAACAGCUGCAUAACGACCUGCCAAGCAGGAAAAUCUUAAAAACCACAGAUUCCACAGAGAUAGACACUGACAAGGAGAAAUGUAUGCUAAAUGACAGGGGUCCAGUCUUUUUCCUUGCUUGUUUCAGCGUUGCUGCAGGAUUUGCCUUGUUUUGGUAUUGCUGUGACUCAGAUACCAAAGUCCUAGGAAGAGCCAGGAGAAUCUUGGGCUUUUCUCCUAUUAUCAUAGGAAGACAUGUUAGAAAGAUUUGUAUGUUGUAUUUGGAAGACUUAUCAAGAAAUUAAGGAAGAGCUGCCUCUUCGCUUCUCUGUACAGUAUAUACCUGCCAAGGGAAGACAACGGUGCAUGAAUAUUAAUGUACUAUACUCUCAUACCAAAGAUUUUAUUAACUAGCUUCAUCAAUAAUUGUGUUGCCUUAAGAUGUAUUCAGAAGCUCAGCUAUAUAUGUCCUUCCUUAUGGGAAUGGACCAUUUAUUUUUGUAAAUGCUUGUUUUAAAAUAUUUAUCAUUUGGAUAAAAUAUUUUUAAUACAAACUUUAAAAUGAUAUCCUAAGUGAUCGUGGGUCUUAAGCCAUGUUUGCAUAUGUGUUUUAUACAGGAACAGAGAAGAAUGCAAGUCUGUCUUUUGUGAUAAUUAAUUCAGAAAAAGCACUUAAAAAGCCCACAUGCACUCAAAGCCUUAGUAAGAAGUGGAUCUCCAUCUCAGGAUUGUCUGUUUUUGUCCAGAACCUUUACACUUACUACCUGACUUCAGGUGGGCACCGGUGCCUCUAAAUGUUAUCGGUGUCCUUGCCGUGGUUGCUGUGCCUCGCGUCGAUGGCUCAGCCCGGCCUGCCUCGCUCGUGCCCGCGUUGAGCCGUCCACCGUGGCUCACGCGCUGGAACGGGUGCAGACCAUAGCCCGCCCCAUGGCCUGUCUCAGGGACUGCACUGGCUGCUCUGAAGUGCUUGAAGCUGCUGGGGAGACUUUUCAGGGUUAUUUAGUCUUUUCCAGUGAGGUGUUCUGGGGUGUCUAAGUAAUGGAAGUAAUCUGACAUAUUUUGCAUGGACAUAAGUGCUGUGAUGUGGAGGUGUUUUAUGGCCAAAGAUGCAUAUAUUUACUUGAAGAGUCUGUAGCUGUUUGUAAUGUCAUUUGAUCAUGUUCUGUUUUCUUCUGUGAGCUGAAACCUGAAAAACUUGCAGGAACCACGCUCAACACACAGCAUAAGAAUGAAAUACGAGAGGGAGAUUCAGGGAGUCAGGACUGCAAAUGUGGUGUGGGGGUUCGUGACUCCAUGAGCCCGGUUGUGCUGCUGGCUAGCUCAGCACGACGGGCUUUGGACUUCCAAUUUGGAGGAGUAUUUCUGAAGUGUCUGUGAGCAAUGGCAUUUUUGGGGGACAGUUCUUCAGUUCCCGUAAGUGCAUGAGGAAUGAGGGAGACCGUGUCUCUGCAACUGGUGAGAAAGAAUCCUCGUGGCUGUUCGUUCACUGGAAAGUGGUUUCCAGAUCAAAUUUAAUGCCAUUGUGAGAGAUGGUCCCUUGAACGAGUUGCAGCUGUGUCACCAUGCAGUAACAGGUCCCCUGCAAAACUCCAAGUCAUUUGAAGUGGUUUUCUCAAAACAGUCAGCUGGAAAAUUAUCUUCCAGCUUAAAAUUUUAUUCAUAUUUUAAAAAAGACAUCAUCUUCUCCAAAGCAAAUCACCUUGUAAGACUGUGUUUCCUUCCAGGACAAAGCUCACUAGCGAGGGUGGCAGGCCUGCGGUGUGGGGAGGAACGAGCUCCUUGGCACAGGGUUUGCAUUGCCAGCGGUGCCUGAACUGACGUGGUUAAGGUGAGCUUGGCGGUCCCUGCGCAGCUCAGAGGCUUCUCCGCCGUGCAGGGCUGACGUUUCCAUCCUGGCACCCCUGCGCAGAGUAGCUCAUGGUGCACGCAGGUGCACCCCGAGUCAGCAGCGGGCCAAGGGAUGUUAUCAACUGCUGCACUGCCAGGUUGGCGCAAUGCAAAAUGCGAAAUGAUGCAAGUGCUGUGCAAACAACACCAGAGCACCCCGCAGAGCGGUUUGGGUGUCUUUUCCCCUGCCUUCACCCCACCAUCUCCUGUGUCCCUUCGAUUUAGUAUCUGCAGGGAAUCUUAUCAGGGAGAAGUCCGUGGCAGGGCCGUGAGUCUUUCCCGUAGAGCUGGGUGGUGGUGCCACGUGGAGCACCCUGCAGCUCUGCCCCCGCUGCACGAUGGCUGCCCUUGGGUGGCUCUCUGCCCAGGGAUGGUGUUUUCUCUGUGCCUUGCCCUACGCCUGAAGUCACAACAAUUUUUUUCCAGCAAGCUAUCUCUUAAUUUAUAACAUUUGAAAUGAAGUGCAACUUUCUGCACUGCUGCUUAAAUCCUACAACAGCCUUUUUUUCAGGGCAGCAGAAAUUUCUGAGAUCUAAAGGGGCUUUAAAUCUUCACCUUGAAGCCAACUUUGAAACCUCAUUAGAGGGACAGUGUUUCAUUUUGCACCAGAAACACUGCUCCAAGCUAUCUCAGCAGUUGCGUCUCAUUUUAAAGCGAACGCAGAGGUCUUGCUGCUGCUAGGCAGAUGCUUUCUGCUCAGAUUAUCCACUGCGUUGCCCUCUGUGAGCUGUUACUGAAACCUACAGGAGUUAUCGGUGCCUUACUGAAUCUGAAGGCCAGAUCUGGCCGUGCUUACAGGUUCAGGGACACCUUGUCUUGCCUUGACAGCAGUCCUAUGGAGCCACCUGAGCAGCCCCAGGAGCGCGAUGGCUCUGCAGGGCACUGUGGUCUGCCCCGUGCCUUGAACCAAAUGGCUAUCGCAAGCUUUUGAAAUAGGAAAGUUUAGUAAGGGCUAUGACUGUAUUUCUGUGCUUUCUGAAAGUGCUCAAGAUGAGGAUGCCUUUCAGGAAAAAGGGCUUCUGGGGAGAUCUAUUUGGUUUGGCCUGGGAAGAGGGAGGGAGAGUGGAAAUAGAUUCAGCCCAGCAUCACAAAAAACAGAUUUGUGCCUUUAUUAGUGCUAGCUUUUACUGAUAAAGAAAAAAAAAAGGGGAAGCUCACUAUAAAGUUGGCACUGCCUAGGUUUGUGUAAUACAAACCUAAAAUGUAAGUAAAUAUAACCUAAAACAAAACUGUGGGGAAAGUAAUGACUAGGCUCCCUUCCUUCCCUUUCCUUGCACUUUCCUAGUCCUUAAAAAGAGUUUAAAGAAAUUGGACAGAAGUUCAGAGGAUAUUUCGCGGUUCUCUGGGCUAGAACAGAGAGUUGGAGGCAAGCCCGCUGGGAGACAGUCGUCCUCUUUGAAGAUCAGGGUACCAAGAUUUAAUACACUUCUCCCCAAGCGAGUCUGUGCAGCAAAUGCCGCCAGCAACUGCAGUGACAACUGCACAUGCAGUUCUGUACUGCAUGUAGCUGUUUGCAAGUCAGGUCCUUCGAGGGAGGCAGUAUUAUUUGCUUUGAAAUAAAUGAAGUCUUGGGUGGAUCUGCCUAAGUGCAGAAUUCCCGCUUCCCUGUCAGGUCGGGGAGAGCUCGGAGGCGGUAACCCCCGGACCGGUGUGAGCAGGCAUGCAGCCCUGCUCCUGUGGAAGGUGCAGGAGCAGACUGCUCCGUCUGCGUCCAGGAGAGCUGCGGAGCAAAGUGGCAGCUCCUACAGUGAAUUUGCACAAGCCCGUUUAAAGCGAGACUGCUACUCGGAGCACUUCGGAGCAGCACGAUGUGCCGGCCAGUGAGAGCUGUAAGCAAGCGGCGGUCCGGGCUGGAGCGUAGCGGGCCGCUUUGGUGCUGCUGGCUGCCACUGCGGAGCUGCCAGGGCUAAGCCACCCUUUCUGGCUCUUUGUUUUGUGACUCUCUUUUCUCUCAUACUGUAAUAAAAGGAAAACUUAAAAUACAUUUGGUCAAGAUUUACCAUUGUGGAUGCUUUUCGCAGGUGUUCUGUAUGCACAAACUAUUCCAGAAAAAUGCAAUGCCUUAUCUGUGUAAGCAGUGCUGCUGUUACAGCCGCAAAUGCAAGCAGAUUGCUGUACUUAACAGGUCCUGUGUUUUAUAAUCAUUUAUCCUAGCGUAUGUCUUAAUUCUGUAGAAGUUAAUGGAAUGUGUUUUUUUAAUGGGGUGAAGCUGGCAAAUAAAUUAUAAUAAAAUCUGGACUGAGAAAA